AUGUCAUCAAUAGCGUACAAAGCUGGUCAAGGCGCAACAUUCCUGAAAGACUUUGACGCUGCUGCGGCGCCUGUGGAGACCGACGGGUUCUGUGAACGUGAGUUGUCUGCAUUGGGUUUUCUGUUGAACACUCAGAGCGAUCUGUGCGGGAGGUUCAAGCAGGUCGACACGAACGUGGCGUUCCUGCUGCAAGUGGAAUUCGUAGAGCCCAGUAACAAUGCCGCGAGCUGGUCGUGGUAUCUCGGACUACCGUUUCGCAUUGGCAACGGCGCUGUCGUGGUUCUCGAUGGAAUUGUGAUACAGGAUCUCAUGGGCAAGACUGGCUAUUGGAAGGGGGUUCUUGCGAAAGCUACCCAGGUGGAUAUGAAGAUCAGCCCGGGCUUUCAUGUGCUGAAAAUCUAUGGACUCUCGACAAAGUUUGAAAGCACGAGCGUCUACUUCAGCCGCGAAGGAUCCACCCCGGCCGUUAUAUCCGUCGCUGCCAUGGUUGGAGAACUCACGAAAUGGGUGCCGUUUGUUGCGCCUGAUUCGGCGAUAACGAAUACGCUUACCACUGAGCAAGCGAACAAAGCCAGCAGCGUCGGGAGGGGUGUUUCAGUCUUACAGUUCCAGAAUGCUGCUGUCGAGGGAAGGUUCGCUUUACACUCAAGUUCCGUUACAACGUCUGAUGGUCAGAGCUCGAAAGGCAACACUUCGUCCUUGGUAUCAUUCUCGUAUUUACCGACAACCAGUUGGGGGAAUGCCAAGUCAUAUCAAGUUGCUUUUCCGACCGCAGUGAACUCGCAGUGGGCUGUGAUUCCUGGAUUGAGUACUGUGCUGUCAUAUCCCACCACCGGCGUUUUGAUGAGCACCUUUACCGGGCGAUUCUUUGUGGAUAAAAGCGCAGUUAAAACCUUUCGGCUGGAUCUUGCGUUUGGACCAAGUUCUGGCUCGCUUACCUCGCAAUUUCGCCUAGACGAAACCUUUCUUGAUCCAUCGGGUGUGCCUCUUGACUUUUCAUACUUCACUAGCGUCACGCCGUCAAGCCCAACGAACAUUUCUCUGAACUAUCAAUACCAAGGAACAAGAACGGGGAAAAUUAUUGGAGGGAGAACGACAUCGGUGUUUAUACCAGGAGCCACAGUUGUGACGGACACGUUCGUCGACAGUAACGCGAUCCUGACGACACAAAUUUUCUCCAAGAUAGUCACACUUCCGACAUCCAGUACCUUGAUAGUCCGUGUCACGGGAGUUAUCUGCCGGAAUUCAGCGAAUGAAACGUUUCGCGCUCGCAUUUUGAAAAAUGGCGAUGCUCUUUUCGAUGGUGAUUUCUCCUCAGUGUCCGGUACAGCAACAAGCGGAGCCUGCGAACCAUUGACGAUGCACUCUGUGCUGGAUGCCGUUGCUGGGUCGCACACAAUUGCAGUAACUGCUAAAACCUCAACAAGCGCAGGAUACCUACUCAAAGGAUUGCAGUGGAGUAUUGUCACGGUUGAAAGAGGAGCUUUACUAUCGCAGGAGUUGUGCCAGUCUCGGUGUGCUCGACACGGACUGUGCAGGCUGGGAGUCUACAACAGGAUCACCAUGACGUGCAACCUCUACAUGCUGCGUAACACGUCCUCAUUGACGACUGAUUCGACGCGGGUGGCAUUUGUGCGAGCUCAGGAAGCGACGAUAUCGGACACUGCUUGGACAAUCCUUCGGAACACCAAAUGGUUCCUCAGCCAAAAUGUGUCGUUGCAAGCUCAGUGUCAAAGUGGUACAUGCGGGUGUUCUGACGUGUACACAGUGAAAGAUCGGUGCCGGUGCAUGUGUUUAGCCAGCAAUGACUGUGCUGGGUUCUCAAUUGCGGAUGGAUCGUCGUGCUACCCAAUCACUGCAGCUGACCUGCGGCAAAAUAUACAAACUGGCGCCUACAAUGCAACCGGUGGUGGCAUCGUGCACUUGAAAAUGCCUCAAACAUGCCACGCGAUUAAAGUCGACGCCCCAAACGCUGUAAGCGGGCGAUAUGCCAUCGCAACAUUGGCUGGAAUCUACGAAGCGUUCUGCAACAUGACAGCGGACAGCGGUGAAGGCUACACGAUAGUACCGUGCGACUUUGGAACGAACGAUCUGAAUUGUCUGUACACUGGGGGGCCGAAAGAUGUCGAUAGUUGUAAAGCGAUGGGACUUCAGCAGGUUGUGCCACGAUCGUCGGGGCAUUUAUCCUCUAUGCACAAGAAGUAUGGAUCGCUGUAUUUUUCGACGGUCCCUGGGAUAACGAAUGCGUACGUUCGCGAUACAGUAGAUUUACCGAGUGACGAAGACAGCAAUCUGGACUGGACUGCAAUUGAUGGUGGGAAGUGGUGGCUACGCGAUAACGGAAGCUCGUGCGAUGUGAUAUCACCCGCCAAUGCACCCGACGAACGGAGGUGGCUAGGAAUGCACUAUUAUUUUAACGGUGAAAGUGUGCUCGACGGACUGGGAUUGAACUUCGACCCGCGCGGACUAUCCACGGCGAAGUAUUUGUGCUCAACAAAUGACAUCAGUCCAUCAAUAUCUUGGAGCAUUGCGCUUCAGGACUCCUUCAUUGGAACGGGGGAUGACAAUCUAUGGCUGACUUCUUGGAGUACUUCGGGAAAGUGGUAUCAACUGUGUCAAGGAAUCGUGAUACUCGGUGGCAAGUCAUUUGCUCGUACUGGGGCUUACGCCACUAAGACUAUUGCUCAAACCAGUAAGAGUGACAAACCAACCAGCGUGCGCAUCAAGUUCACGUACUACUUCGUAUUCGAUCCUCUCUAUUGGGUCACGCUUCUCUUGAAGAGCUCAGAGCCGAAAACCAUCCGCGUUUUCCUUGGUACACAGCUGGUUCGGCAGCUACAGGUUGAUACAUCAGCGACCUACGCAUGCUACGGGCAGGGAUCGGCAAGCUCUGCGCAGCAAGCCUACUUUUAUCGAGGAAGGGAACGCUUUGUGGUGAGGGGGUUCAGCGGAAAUGCCACCCAACUCCGAUUUGAGGUGGAUUUUGGCACAUUGAACAUCAGUGCGUUCGGAAUCGAUGACGUCUCCAUGGAAGUGGAGUCGUCUUUCACGACGUCGUUGGGGUUGUCGAUGGCCAGUCCUGCAGUAUCGUGUACGCACUUAAAGGAUGUGCGAGUGUCCAAUGGAGACCCGAACCCCGAUGGACUUUACUACAUCCAGCUCGACCCCACUGCUGAUCCAGUGCUGCUCCCUUGCUCUGACGGAUGGAUAGUUGCGCAGCGGCGCCUUAACGGGAAAACAACGUUUAACCGCAACUGGAACGAAUACCGCGAUGGAUUUGGCUUGGGAUCCUCCAGUGAGUGGUGGAUUGGGAACGUGGCUCUUGCAGCCAUCUCAGCGCAUGCUACGGAGGCUAUGAUUGUGCUGUCCAAGGACUAUCAGUCGAAGGCUGCAGUCUACAGCGAGUUUCGAGUUGCUAGCGAAAGCGAGAAGUUUCUGCUGACGGUGAAGGGGUACAAUUCGACAGCAAGUUACGCAACGGACGCCCUUGGCCCCCUCACCAACACGUAUUUCAGCGCACCCGAUCAGGAUAACGAUCUAUCUGCGACUCAAAAUUGCGCGAAGAAUAGCCGCAGCGGAUUCUGGUACGGCGACUGUCUGAGUUCAACGAGAUCCGAUCUCAACGCGCCUUUCGACAUGCUGCCGAUCUGUAAUUCGUACGCUGCGUGGGCGCAAAGCUGGUGUCAGAAGACGGGAGGCAUCGUGUGGGACAACACGGAUGGGCAUAGUUCUUCAACGCUCUUGCUACGUCCAGACAAGUGCCCUCCCGGAUAUUCUGCGACUACAACGGGUGAAUGCUCUCCUUGCGCUUCGGGGACGUAUUCCGAGCCACGGUCACAAGGAUGCACGAUCUGCCCAGCGGGUACAUACAACCCUUCGGCGGCUUCGUCUGGGAUCGCGUCGUGCUUGUCUUGUCCAUCCGGCUUCAUGUGCACGAGUGGAUCGACAGCCCCCGUUAAGUGCUUAGCAGGAACAUUUUCCGAUGCUGGAUCCAGCCAGUGUCUUAGCGUACCAGAAGGAUACGUGGGAGCCCUCAACCAAAUGUGCCGAAGUGACCUCACUCCUUGCGUGAAUGGGACGUACUCUAAGCCCGGCCAGCAGAGCUGCACAAGCGUUCCUGGCGGAUUUUAUUGCCCGGCAAACGGAGCUCCCUGUGGGUACUCAACUAUCGCACCAUGCCCUUCGAGAAGUGUGUACUGCCCUGCGGGAAACGUGGGCCCAAUUGCUGUACCACCCGGCUAUUAUUCCAUCGGAUCGACGACAAAUGAGCAGCAGUCUGCUGUAUUGCCUUGUCCAAGAGGGUUUUAUUGCCGCAGAGGCGUAUCUUACCAGUGCCCACCCACCCGCUACGGAGACCAAGUCGGUCUGGUGAGUCCGCUAUGUUCUGGGCGGUGUGCAGUGGGUUGUGUCUGCAAGGCGGGAAGUAUCAGUCGCUGCCCUGAAUCACCAUCCGGAGUUGAUCAAGUUGCUGUGUCCCCGGCGUCCGUUGCGCACACUUUGGCACCGCUACCGAGGCAGCCAGGAGUGACGAAUGACUCACUCAUCCAGGGCGUUUUGACUGCUAUCAGCGGGACGUCUGCUGUGUCGAUCGACAUUUUCGACUUUCGAGACGUGAACUUGACUUGGUUUAAGACGGGGUGGUCCGUCGGAUUCGCGCACAAUAUCACGAUCUCGUACUUUGAGCAGUCUCAAUCGGAUCUAACGUACGAAUUCCAGGUGCCGACUGCUGGGUUUGACUGGGGUGUCGUCGUGAUCCUGGACGGGACUGUUAUUGUGCCGCGGUCCACCAACAGCUCGCUAGCAUUCACGUUCGUAUCAACUUGGGGUCAGCACGUUCUAUCGUUCAUUGGGGCCGAGUCGCAGUUUACCGUAAAGAGGACAAUUCUGUAUCGGAAAUCCCCGGCCGCGAGUUUCACCUCGUUACGCUGUGAUCGUUUAGAUGGACAGCCGAUCUACUUGCAGAUGGAGGUCUCGUUGUGUGGUACAGCAGCGUCGGCCUGCAAAAGAGUUAUUUAUGCUAACGGAGACACUGCUAAGACUCUAGUUCAGACCGCGAACACUUUGGAAGUAUUGAUAUUUUCUGGCGCUGGCCUGCAACUUUCAUCCAUCACAGCGGACGUUUCUGCUAGCGUAAACUACAUGCCACUGCUGUCUGCCAUGGAUACUGGCGGAAUUGCUGUGCUUGUCGGUGUUAACCCGGGAUCGCUACCUGCAGCUUUACGUUCGUGGUUAGUUGGCUAUGGUGUACCCCAAUCCAGCCUAGACGCUUCAGCGUCUGGCUUUGUAUUUGUCGGAGUCAAUGACAACGUCACACCGGCCACGUUCGAGACUAUUGUAGCAGGGUCCAAUUACAACUUGGCAUUACCUGUGCCUUUGCCGCAGUCGUCUGCUUCCUACAGCUACGUUAGUAUUCCACCCGGCUACUAUGGAGUUCCGGACGAUACUUCUGACACGCGCAGGUAUGGACUCAAGAAAUGCCCAGCAGGAUACAGCUGCGCGGCAGGCACUCGCACGUUGGCUUUCGUAUUUCCAAGCUCGGUUUGCGUGGACAAGAAGCACACUUUGAAUAUCCCCGAAAAUGAUGCUGCCUUCGUUUCCAGCGUCAGUUUCAGCCUGGUAUCCUCCCCUACUGGCUUGACGUAUAGUCUCCAAGUACCAACGGACAGCGCAGGUUUAUUCGCACUGGACAGUGAAAAUCAUGUCACGCUGCUGAAGGAGCUAGAUUACGAGAGUCGGAGUGGGUACGACCUCACACUGGUGCUUCAGGAGACCCAAGCGAGUGCGUCGUACGCGGCAUGCCAAAUCCAUGUGAGCGUGGUGGACGUAAAUGAAGCUCCGGCAAUUACAAAUAGUCAGGCUGUGCGCACCAUCCAGGAAAAUCUGCCGCCUCCUGUGACUUUGGCACCUGCACUAGUUGUGCAGGAUCCAGAUUCGUACGAUUCAUACACGUUUUCUAUCGCGAGCGGUGGAGAUGGAAACUUCGCGGUGAAUCGAGACGGAGCCAUCGUGGCAACAAAGGCCCUGGACUUUGAAGCAUCCGCUCGGUUUGUCUUGGAAAUUGUUGUUAAAGACAAAGGGGGACUGGAAGGGCAUUCUAGCGUGACGAUUACUGUCGUAGAUGUUCCAGAACCUCCAACCUGUACGCCGCACACGUUUAAUGUUGCCGAGAAUACUUUAGUCCUGACGUUGAUUGGCAACAUGAACAACUACGUUUCGGAUCCGGAUGCUGGGGACUAUGUGAAGUAUGAAUUGGUAUCUCAAAGCACCUCAGGGGCGCUUAUUGUGGACUCAACCACAGGCAAUUUAACGCUGCAGAAGGCUCUUGAUUUCGAGGUGCAGGACACGAUUUCGUUUCGAGUUCGCUUUACGGAUACUACGGGGCUUCGAAGCACCUGUGGCUAUGUGAUUAACGUAACGGACUCGAAUGAUCCUCCUGUCCUGACUGAAGCUGUCUUCCAAGUUCCUGAGAAUUGUGUGGGCAGUAAUUGCUUGGCAGGAAAUCUCGCACACUACGCCGUGGACGAAGAUAAAGGAGACGUGCUCAGCUUUAGCUUAAGCUCUGCAAGCGACAUCUUUCUGAUCCAGGGAUCUGAAUUAUGGGUAGUGGGGGCGGUAAACUUCGAGACCACCCCCACCCUCACCGUUAGUGUAUUGGUUGAUGAUGGAAAAGGUGGCAGCGAUGAAGCCUUAAUGACGGUACAAGUACUGGAUGUUAAUGAAGCCCCCGUCAGUUCAAUUUUCACGACGCAAGUUCUUGAAAAUGUCCCCAUUGGAACGAUUGUCUACACUUUCGAGGCGCGUGACCCUGAAGGAGACCGUGUAGCAUACAAACUUGUUCAUGCCAGUACCGGCUUUGAGGACCUUUUUGCUGUCAAUGAUGGCGAUCUGGUGACAAAAGCUACGAUCGACUACGAACUGCUGUCCACUCACUCCUUCAGUACUAGCAUCAGCGCAUGUGACCCACUGAAGCUUUGUGCGGAGUUCGGACCAAAUGUAGUGGAAAUUUUGGACGGCCCUGAUGCACCUGUUGUUGACGCAGAGCCUGCGACGGUGACGGUACUUGAGAGCGCAACAGUGGGCAGCUCUGUCGGCGCACCCGUGACCUUUUCAGACGAAGACACUGGCCAGGCUUCAGCGCUCGUCUUUUCAAUUUACUCUGGCGACCCAUUGAACCAGUUUUCGAUCUCCAACUCGACAGGAGAUCUGACUAUUGUUUCGUCGCUCAACGCCGAGAUUACGCGUGAAUACACGUUGGUGAUCCAAGCCACUGAUCCAGAUGGUCUCAUCGGGUUUUCAGACCCGGUUGAGAUUUCUGUUCAAAUGGUGCCUUCGCCACCCUAUUUUGUGGGGUCUACGGUAUCUCAAGACUAUUACAGAAGACCCGGGGCAGAUUGGCGGUUUAUGCUCGAUCACUACGGAUCCGACCGAUAG